AUGGACAUCCCACCCAACCAGACGGUGUACAUCAGCAACCUGUACGAGAAGCUGAACAAGGAUGAGGCCAAGAAGCUGCUCUAUGCGCUCUUCGGCCAGUUUGGGAAAGUGCUAGACGUUGUGGUGAUGAAGGGGGCGGCCUUGAGGGGCAAGGCUUGGGUGGUCUUUGCCGACGUCGGCGCUGCCACAGAUGCUCUCCGAGCCAUGCAAGACUUUCCAUUCUUCGACAAACCUCUGCGGCUAUCCUUUGCCAAGUCCAAGUCUGAGGUCAUCACCAGGCUAGAAGCCGGCAGCAAGAAGACGAAGAAGGACAAGAAGCCUGCAGAGGCAGCAAAGGACGCCGAGACCGCGCCUGCCCUCGCAAACGGGCGGGGUGCUCAUGCCCCAUCUGCGACCCCGGCGCAGCGCAGCGUGGACGUCGGUGAGCCAAACCAGACCCUCUUCGUGGAGAACCUGCCCGAGGCCACCACAGCCGACAUGCUCUCCAUGCUCUUCAGCCAGUACAAUGGUUUUGUGGAGAUUCGGAUGGUCGAGGCUCGGCCAGGCAUUGCUUUCAUAGACUUCAGCAACGAUGCACAGUCUGGAGUCGCGCUUUCUGGGCUCAACGGGUUCCAUGUGACGCCGCAGCAUGCUCUGAAAAUCACGUACGCCAAGCGCUGA